AAUGUGCAGGAGUUUGAAAAUUUUGGAGACAACGUAGACUACUCCGGUCACUUUGUUACGGAUAGGGAAUUUAUUUCCAUAGAUGAGUUACAUGGUUGGGCCGAUGCGAUAGCAAUAACAAUCGGUUUUCAAUUUACACGUGCUUCUUAUAAAAAGAAAGAAGGACGUUCUAGAGUUAAUUGUUAUUUAAGAUGUCACCGCUAUGGUAAACUUAGGGGUGAUGUAGAUAAUGUAGAUAAUGCUGCCCGACCUGGUUCUAAAAGUAGGAGUUGCGGGUGUAAAUUUAUGAUUGUAGGAAGUAGUCGUAAACCAGGAGAAAGACCUUGGACGGUAAGGGUGUGUCCUGGUGAAAAGGGAAAACAUAACCACUCGUUCUUGGUGUACAGAGAUGGUCAUGUAAGGGCGAGGAUUAAUGUAGAUAUUCGGGAGCACAUACGACAGCUUAGUGCAAUCGGAAUGCAACCCGCCUUUAUUAUGAAUUCUAUUAGAGAUAAUUUUCCUGGUUUUUAUGCUAGUAUGAAUCAAAUAUAUAAUAUUAGGCAAUCAAUAAGGAGAGAUGAAAUGGAGGGCAGGACUCCCCUGCAACACUAUCUUCAUAUGGCCACAGAACAUAAUUAUGUGGUCUGGACAGAGUUGGAUAAUGACGGGCACUUGAGCAGACUUUUAAUUGCAAAUCCAACUUCUAUCCAAAUGAUACGUACGUGGCCGUAUGUUGUGCUGAUAGAUACUACGUACAAAACGAACAAACCAAAGUGGCCACUAUGUGAAGUGAUCGGAAUGACGCCAACAAAUCACAACUUCUUGGUUGCUUUUUGUUUGAUGCGCGAUGAGGCGGUUGUGUCGUACUCGUGGGUGCUGCAGGGAUUGAGAGAUAUUUUCGGCACUGCUCAGACUCCUAGCGUCAUUGUAACCGAUCGUGACGAAGGUUUAUCUGCAGCUAUUCGUGACGUAUUCCCAGAUGUACGUCAUUUGUUAUGCACUUGGCAUAUUGGCAACGAUGUUGAGAACAUGGUGGAUAAGUUGUGCGGCGGCAAAAAAAAUCAACAAGGGCAGUUAUUCAGGAAGAGUAGAUGGAACCCCUUGGUUGAAAGUGCUACAAUCCGGGAAUAUGAAAAGAGAUGGGAAGGGAUCGUCAGUACGUGGUCGGUUAGGAACCGAAGGGUCGUUCGGUAUUUGACUGGAACAUGGAUUCCACUUAGAGAGAAAUUUGUGCGCGCGUGGACGAAUGAUUGUUUACACUUGGGUAACCAUACUACCAGCAGAGUGGAAAGUCAACACUCGUCUUUUAAGUAUUACCUUGGUAGCGGUAAUAGCUCAUUCGAUACCCUUUUCAAAAGGGCGCACGCACAGAUUACAAAUCAACAAGCUAAAAUCCGACAAUCGCUACAGGAAUCCAUGACGUCUGUACCAAGAACGCUACGACAGUAUUUCUUUAGACCUCUAUAUCGCCACGUGUCUCUGUAUGCCUUGGAGCAGAUCCAGAAUGAGUUUAACCGCAUGUUAGAACUGGGUGAUUUUGUAUUGAACAAAUGCGGUUGUGUACUUCAAAAAACCCAUGGAUUGCCGUGUGCAUGUUAUUUACAAAUGACCAUUGGAUCACAUGGUGCUUUGUACUUGGAUGACAUUCAUGAAUUCUGGAGUACUUUGACGUACACAGAGUUAGGAGACAAACGCAAUGAAGAAGUACGAAACGCGAACGCCAAUGACAAAGAGUACUUUGAAUCUCUGGUCGAUGAAGUCCUUAAAUCUGAUCCCGCUUUUGUUCGCCGAAUGGUUGAGGUACUUGAAUAUGAAUUACACCCAGAUGGUGCGGAUAUACCUGAGCCUUACGCUAGUCCACCGAGAAAGGGAAGACCAAGCACUAGUAAAACCAUGAGAAGGAGAAAAAGUUCAUUUGAAUAUACCCGAUCAUCUUCUCGUGGUCGAGGGUCUGGAUCUUCUUCCCGCGGGAGAUCAAGUGGCAGAUCUAGUGGCCGAGAGACGCAAUCUUCAGUAGGAAUUAAGUUCAGUUUCAACUUAUCCGGUAAUUGACUGUUUUUUCAGUAACUAUUUGUUAUUUACGCAUAUUAACUUAAUUUACAUUUAUUGUAGAUGAUCCAG